GCUUCCUUCCCGGCCGGAUCCAGGCCCUUGUAUCUUGGCAAGUUCGAGACGUUUGGAGGGACAAGAAAUUAGAUGUGGAGCUGAAUUUGAGGGUGUGAUUGAUUUGGUGCGGAGCGGGCCUCUGAGAACCUCUGAGUGGGAAGUGUACUACAAACUCUCGCAAUCAUUACGUGCUUCGUCUGCGGCCACAGCCCACCCGGAGUGGGCCUGAUUUGUUCCUGACCCUAGCGAACCAACCCCGGGAAGGGGCGGAGCAGGGGUGGGGGUGGUCCAGAGGCCGGGCUGCCCGACUUAGGGCAAACUGAGCGGUGUUGGGGAGGGUGUCUAGAGUUCAAAGGUCAGAGGUCAAUGUAGCAAGUUGUGGAGGGUCGAAAGUCGCGGGGGUACUAAGGAAAGACUCAGGUAGGGACUGAAUACUCAGGGUACAGACUUGUGGGAAAGGGGCUUGGAGGGAGGAGAAGCGAGGGUGGAGGGGACGCAUAGUGCCGGAGGGAGGCGGGGAGACUUAGGAGAGAAGACAAAAGGGGAAAGGAAUCCCCGGGAUAUCCGUUCCCAGACCCCCGGCCGGUCACUAUCGGUCACUUUAGCUGGGUCUCCCGCAGUUGCAACCCCAGCUGUCCGCAGGGUGAGGAGAUGGCUUCUCCCUCUAGACAAGCCCCCUUCGGAGGGUCAGGACUGCUUCAAGGGAGCCGGGCUCGUUCUUAUGGAAGCCUGGUGCAGUCUGCCUGCUCCCCAGUGAGGGAAAGACGCUUGGAGCAUGAGUUGGCGCCCGGAGACACCCUAGCUGGACUAGCACUCAAAUACGGGGUGACGAUGGAACAGAUUAAGCGUGCAAACCGCCUUUAUACCAAUGACUCCAUCUUCCUGAAGAAAACCCUCUACAUCCCCAUCCUGACAGAGCCCAGAGACCUGUUCAAUGGUUUGGAUUCUGAGGAAGAGAAAGAUAGAGAGGAAGAAGUACAGCCAAAUAAGCAUGGAGUUUGGCCACACUCCACUGAGAGGAAGAAACAGGAGAUGGGUUCAGGACGUGCCACUGGUGAAGUCCUUCCCACACCUGGCCAGGAACGCCCCACUCCCAUCCAUGACCUCUCUGCCUCUGAUUUCCUUAAGAAGCUUGAUUCACAGAUCAGCCUGUCAAAGAAGGCUGCUGCCCAGAAGCUGAAAAAAGGGGAAAGUGGGGUACCUGGGGAGGAUUCAGGUCAUCACCUGAGCUCCCCUCGGAUGCAGCAACGAGCAGUCCUAGGUCCUGUGCCGCUGACCCAGACCUCUCGGACCCGGACACUUCGGGACCAGGAGGAUGAAAUCUUCAAACUCUGAUGUCCCCAGAACUAAUUGAGAGAAGCGAGAUGUUGAAGGAGCAACUUGACAGGGAGAGGAGCCUGAGGUGAGGCUCAAGGACAUGGCUUUCCAGCCCACCUCCCUCCCUCCUGCCAUCCUCCCAGCCUCCUUGUCCAUCAGGAGUUCCUUGGCCUGGGGCAGUUUUAUUGGCAAGAGUAGGGGUUGGGGACUAGACCCCUUCUCAGUUCUUGGGCUGAAUCUAGAGUUGUCCUUUAGAUUCAAAAGGCUCUUUUUACAUCCCUGCUGCCUUUCCCAUCCCUUUCACCAUUCCUUGGCCUUAGAUCAGGGAGGCAGGGACUCCUCCAGCCCCCAACUUCCUCCCCAUGUUUAACUAUGUUACCUAAUUUAUUUGGUGCUAUAUUGAAAUAAUAUUUAUUUGCUCUAUCUUAUUCUUUCCCACUCUUAGCUGAAAAAUGGUACUUCUAUACCCCUGGGGUGAGGGGAACCCGGGAACAGUGAGCCAGUGACUGCUGGCUCCCACCUUCCCCACCUUCUUAGCCAAGCAUGUUAUUGAGGACAGGGCAGUCAGUGAUCUAGCCUUGCUGCAGAGAAUGGUGUACUGGGCCAGGCCUUUUCCCUAAUCUCAAAGUAAAGAAUUUGGGCUCAUUCUGGACUAACCAGUUCACUAUAACUUUUUCAUAACUCUUGCUCUGAGAAAAUACAGCGAUGUAAGGACCAGAACUCUCCAUGCCACCAGUUCACCCUCUAACCUGCUCCUCUGUUCAGCCUAUGGUGAGGCUAAGGGGUGAAAGAAGAAUUGCCUUGGAGUUUGAAGAGGAGGACAGUUGUGGGAGUCUUUUUGUUGUGGGAAUCUCUUUGUUAUACUCUCUCCCCAUCAGAGCCUGUCAAUCUAUGCCUUGCUCCUCACUGCAUAUUUAUUUGCAAUUUGUAGCACUGAUCUGCGGUACAGUUUUUCUGAGUUUCUUAAAUAGAAGAAGUAGGCAAGGGACCCCCAAUAAUACUAAAAAUAUGCCUCAGUCUCCUGUAUGGAAAUGGUGAGAGGUGAGAUAAGUGGUGUUUAUAUACCUCUUUCCUCUGUGAUGAUCAUAAGAUGUAAGAAGCUGGAGAGAUUAAACACUGAGCCCUGUGCA